AUGACAGGAUCCAUGGCUGAUGUCCCCAAGGAUCUCGCUGAAGAGAUUCACAAGCUUGAGCAGCUCUUCACAGUAGAGCCCAGCAAGCUCAAGGAGAUCACCAAUCACUUUGUCUCUGAACUCGCCAAGGGUCUCAGUGUUGAGGGUGGAAGCAUUCCCAUGAACCCUACCUGGGUCAUGUCAUACCCCGAUGGUUACGAGACCGGCACCUAUCUGGCCCUCGAUAUGGGCGGCACAAACUUGCGAGUCUGCCAAAUCACACUCACUGACGAGAAGUCCGAGUUCGAUAUCAUUCAGUCCAAGUACCGCAUGCCCGAGGAGCUCAAGUCUGGCACUUCUGAGGAGCUUUGGGAGUACAUCGCAGAAUGUCUCUACCAGUUUCUUGAGACACACCACGGAGACUGCAGCAAGCUGGAGAAGAUUCCCCUGGGUUUCACAUUCUCGUACCCCGCCACCCAGAACUAUAUCGACGAGGGUAUUCUCCAGCGAUGGACCAAGGGUUUCGACAUUGACGGUGUCGAGGGCAAGAAUAUUGUCCCCAUGUUUGAGGAGGCUUUGAAGGCUCGAGGAGUUCCCAUCAAGCUUGCGGCUAUCAUCAAUGACACUACAGGUACAUUGAUUGCCUCCGCCUACACCGAUACUAAGAUGAAGAUCGGUUGCAUUUUCGGAACAGGCUGCAACGCCGCAUACAUGGAAGACUGCGGUUCUAUUCCCAAGAUUGCUGAUCUGAACCUGCCUGCCGAUCUGCCUAUGGCUAUCAACUGCGAGUGGGGAGCUUUCGAUAACGAGCACAAGGUUCUUCCCCGAACUCCCUAUGAUAUCAUCAUUGAUAAGGAGUCUCCUCGCCCUGGUCAGCAAGCUUUCGAGAAGAUGAUCGCUGGUCUCUACCUUGGAGAGAUCUUCCGACUCAUCCUCGUCGAUCUCCACGACACCAAGUCCAUCCACAUCUUCGAGAACCAAGACAUUGCUCUUCUCCGCAAGCCUUACUCUCUGGAUGCCUCCUUCCUAUCUGCUAUCGAGGAGGACCCUUGGGAGAACCUGUCCGAGACACACGAUCUUUUCACCAAGAAGCUGAACUUGAAGUGCACACAGCCCGAGCUUGAGCUCAUCCGUCGAACUGCUGAGCUCAUUGGUACACGAGCUGCCCGUCUUUCGGCUUGCGGUGUUGCUGCCAUUUGCAAAAAGAAGAACUACGAGUCUUGCCACGUUGGUGCUGAUGGUUCCGUGUUCAACAAGUACCCUCACUUCAAGGAACGUGGUGCUAAGGCUCUGCGUGAGAUCCUUGAUUGGCCUGAGAAGACCAACAAGAAGGACGAGGAUCCUGUUGAGGUUCUCACCGCUGAGGACGGUAGCGGUGUCGGCGCCGCUCUGAUUGCUGCCUUGACGCUCAAGCGAAUCAACGAGGGCAACAUGGCGGGUAUCCUCCACCCCGAGAACUUCAAAUAA